AUGAUUGUGUUUGUUGUGGCGAUCGCCGCCUUCAGCAUCCUCUGCUCCCUCCGCACCGCCCAGGCCGACGCCUGCUUCGCCACGACCGCACUCAACUUCACCUCGGAGCAGGGCGGGCUGUGGGUCAAUGGCAACCGACUGCGGAUCAAGGGCGCGUCGUGGUUCGGCUUCGAGACCUCGAUCAAUGCGCCCCACGGCCUCUGGUCCAAGUCCUACACCUUCUUCCUCGACUUCCUCGCCGACAACGGAUUCAACGCCAUCAGGUUGCCGUUCCACCUGGCGCUGGCUAUCAACGACGCCACGCCCGGGAGCAUCGACUACAGCGCCAAUUCGGACCUGCAGGGCCUCACCUCGCUGCAGGUGAUGGACAAGAUCAUUCAGGCCGCCGCCGACCGCGGCAUUCUCAUCAUGCUCGACCUCCACUCCUUCACCGCGGACUCGUACGCGUCCGAUGGGCUGUGGUACAACAGCAACAACCCGGAGUCGACAGUGAUCUCGGGCUGGACCAAGAUGCUGCAGCGGUACCAGAAUCAGUGGAACGUGUUCGCCGCCGACCUCAAGAACGAGCCCUACUCGGCCACCUGGGGCACCGGCUCCGACACCGACUGGGCCAAGGGCGCCGCCCGCAUAGCCAACGCCAUAGCCAGCAGCGUGAGCAGCCGCUUCCUCAUCUUCGUCGAGGGCACCGCCAACUCGCCCUCCUGCUCCGACGCCUGCUUCUACGGCGAGGACCUUGUCGGUGUGGCGUCGAACCCGGUUGUGAUCAACAACCCGUGGAAGCUGGUGUACAGCCCGCACGUGUACGGACCCAAUGUGUACGGCCAGUCCUACUUCUCGGCCAGCAACUUCCCCUCCAACAUGGCCGCCAUUUGGGAGGCCCACUGGGGCUACAUCCCGGCCUCGACCGGCCAGGCCGUCGUGGUGGGCGAGUGGGGCGGACCCUACAGCGGCAGCGACGCGACCUGGAUGGACGCCCUGGCGGCCUACCUCAAGUCCAAGGACAUGACCGACCAGUUCUUCUGGUGCCUCAACCCGGACUCGGGCGACACCGGCGGCCUGCUGGCCGACGACUGGUCCACGCCCGUCACGGCCAAGCUCUCCCUGCUCGCUGGCCUGGUCUCUGCGCCCACCGCGUUCAGCGUCAACUCGGCCGGCCAAGUCUGCGUCAGCGGAGCCACCGCCGCCUCGCCCACCCCGGCCGCCGCGUCGCCUUCGUCGUCGCCUAAGGCGGUGGCGGUGUCGCCCUCUUCGUCGCCCAAGGUCACCUCUUCCCCUUCGUCGUCACCGAAGGUGGCCUCGUCGCCUACAAGCUCCCCCAAGGCGGCCGCUACGGUGACGCCCACUCCGGCAGCUUCGGCCGCGGCCAGCCCCUCGGCCUCGCCCGCCAGCGGUACCACAACGACAGACAGCUUCGCCUUCAACGCCGGAUCGAGCGCGUGGUGGAUGUCGGUGACGAUUCCCGGCUCGACCGCGGUGCAGAUCGAUUGUGGCAACGGCCAGGGCUAUGUGGACAUGGUGCCCGGGUGGACGUCCUACAUGUGGACCUUCACCUCGACCAACGGCCAGCCCUGCAAGUCGUCCCUCCAGUUCAUCGUGAACAACGGCUCGGCCCAGACCGUCACCGCUCCCUACUAG